AUGAGUUGUCCAAUGUUUAUGUAUGGUUUAACAGCUGGCUCAAUAAUACCAUUAUCAAUUGUUUAUAUAAUGCGACCAGAAAGUUUAAAAAAUUUAUUUGAUUUAAUAUCAUCAUCAUUAUUAAUUGCAUUUAAUUGGUCUGAAGAUGUUGCUCAACGUUUUAAUUUAAGUAAUGAUUUAUUUUUUAAUAAUGAUCUAAAUCAAACAAUAUCAAUAAAAAUGUAUAGUUGUUAUACAAUUGAAUAUUGGUAUAAUAUAUUUUCAUGGAUAAUUUAUUUUUGUUUUAUAUUAUCAUUAAUAAUAUUUAUAUUAAAUCAACGUUUUAAAAAUUCUGAAGAAGAAUUAUUUCACAAUAAUAAUCAACCAGAAUAUAUUAGAACAGAUUUUGUUUUUUAUUAUUUUUGUAUUUUUAUUCUUGCAAUGACAUCAAUACUAAUACGAAUUCUCAUAGAACAUUAUUUACUUGGAUAUUUAAAACCAUUUACCGUUGUAUAUUUGUUGUGGUAUAUUAUUUCAUUUGCUAUCGUAUGGUUAUGGAAUAGAUAA